CGAAGAGGAUGAAUACAGUGAGCAGGCUUCAUCAGAGAGACAUCAGAGCAGAGUGAAGCUGAGGACAGCAGGAAUCAGCAGAGAGCAAAGAUGCAGCGGAGUCUGUUUCUGCUCCUUCUGAUGGGUCAGUGUUCUUUCUUCAUGUGUCACCUCUGUGAGUACCACUUCAUUAGCGACAGCAAGACCUGGGAAGAAGCCCGGAAUUAUUGCAGAGAGACAUACACUGACCUGGCCACAGUGUAUGACAUGAUGGAUGCUGAGAGACUCAGUGUCCCGACAGGGAGACAAGAGGGGGCCUGGAUUGGGCUGCAGAGCCACCCGGGGAAAGAAAACAGGAGGUGGCACUGGUCUCUGCCAGGGGUGGAGCACCAUGAAGCUCCGGAGUGGUGGGCUGAUGGUGAACCAAAUGGCGAACAACUCCUGUCUUUUGAGAACUGUGUGUUGAUGCACAAUGACAAAUGGAUGGAUCAAAAUUGUGAAUGCAGCAAACCAUUUAUCUGCUACAAUGAUGAGACAGCCAAUAAAAAAUUAUAUUUCAUUAACAAGAGCAUGACGUGGCCAGAGGCUCAGAGCCACUGCAGAAAAAAUCACACUGACCUGGUCAGUGGUAUCACUCAGUUGAAUGACGAUGAAUUCAAGGCUGAGAGGAAAAACGAAACAUUUGUCUGGAUCGGCCGGUUCAGAGACACCUGGAGGUGGUCGGACAACAGCAGCUCCUCUUUCAGAAACUGGGAUCUGGAGUUAUUUAGAGAUGAUGAAGAGCAGAAAUGUGCUGUGAUUAAGUUUAACGGAACUGGAAAAUGGAGCUCUGAUGAUUGUCAUGAAGAAAAACCCUUCUUCUGCUACGAAGAUAAAGUGGUCCUGAUCCAGCAAAACAAAACCUGGGAGGAGGCCUUGAAUCACUGCAGAGAGAACCACAACGACCUGGUCUCCAUCACCAACCGUAACGAGCAGAUGUGGGUCCGACAGAAAGCCAAGAGGGCCUCGUCUCCUUAUGUGUGGCUGGGCCUGCGCUACACCUGCACUCUGGACUUCUGGUUCUGGGUCAGUGACGAGGAGGUCGGCUAUGAGAACUGGGCCUCAAGCGAAGAAACGGAUGACUGUGACUUGUCUGGAGCCAUGUCCGGAGGAGGGGAGCAUAAGUGGUCCAAAAAGGCUGAUACGGACAAGUUUAAUUUCAUCUGUUCCAACUUUUAAAAUCCUCCCAACUCACCAGCUUUUGGGCAUCAUUUGUUUAGAAGCUAUUUACACAUGUUUUCUGGGUUCAUUGAAUGGCAUUUUGGGAAAUGUGAACAUAUUUUUGCCUCCUUGUCACAUCUGAGUCUGAUGUUUAACUGAAUAUCUUACAAAUUUCUUACAG